GCGGCCGGGAGGGCCCGAGCGUGACGGGCGCGGCGGCGGCGGCGGCGGCGGGAUGGAGUCGGUGGUCUUCAUCUUCUCGYUGAUCGACUGCUGCGCCCUCAUCUUCCUCUCUGUCUACUUCAUAAUCACACUAUCAGAUCUGGAAUGUGACUACAUCAACGCUAGAUCGUGCUGCUCCAAGCUCAAUAAAUGGGUAGUACCUGAGGUGAUUGGCCAUGCUGUUGUAACAGUAUUAAUGCUUAUUUCAUUGCACUGGUUCAUCUUUCUCCUUAACCUGCCAGUGGCAACAUGGAAUAUAUAUAGGUACAUUAUGGUGCCAAGUGGAAACAUGGGAGUAUUUGAUCCCACAGAAAUCCAUAACCGAGGACAACUGAAAUCACACAUGAAAGAAGCCAUGAUUAAGUUGGGCUUUCACCUGCUCUGUUUCUUCAUGUACCUUUACAGUAUGAUUCUGGCUUUGAUAAAUGAUUGAGAAGUUGAAAGACAACCAUUAGCUGCCAAAUUGGGUCAUCACUCCAGUGACUGGUUGUGGAGCCACAGGCACCUUCCGAACACACCUAGAUCAGUGUCGUCAYGCAGUAUAUUUUUCCUCUUUGAACAAGAAAUAUUUUUCUGUAUUUUUAACAUAAAAUAUUUUCAAAAGACAUUGGAUUUGUGUAGCAGUUGUUUUUGUUCCUUUAYAAGCCAAACUGCUGGAACUGCUGUUUCUGUAAGAUGAAAUCCUUGCUUACAGAAGUGACCUUGUAGGAAUUAAAUGGUAAGGGAAUGAUAAAAUGAUAAGUGAAACUCAUUUCAGCAGCAUGAGCUGGUAAUGAUGGUAGUUUCUGAACAUAUUUAAGUGCAGCUCUGAUGUCUGAUUCUUGCUGAGAGGUGUCAGGAUGAGACUCUGGCUGCCAAGCUCUCCUAUCAGAGCCUAAUCUGAAGCAGCACUUGGAACAGAGAUUUCAAAGUGGCACAGUAGCAGAGCUUGCAUCUUUGUGUUGGUGUUUUUUCCAGGCAAAAAUCAAUGGAAUAAAAGUUACAUUUCCCUCCCUUUCCCUGCCUCCCUGCAKCAACCUAUAUGAAGUCUUGUAUUCGGAUGAAUUAAGAUCCCUUUGGUGGAAGUGACAAUUCCGUGUAAGAUUGCAGAUAAAUUAGAAACAUAAUUAAUACUUGCUUUUCCCCUUCAAUUCCUAUUUUGUCAUUGAGUACAUCAURGACAUGCAGAUAAAGAUCAUAUUGYAUUGGGGUGGAGUUGGUUACAGAGCAAAAGACUAUCUGCAGUUGCUACUCCAUGAACCCACUGUUUCCAUAGCCAGUGGGGUGAACCAGGAGUCUGACUAGCUCAGGGAAAUGGUCUGGUAAACCAUAACCCAACUUACCCCAAUUCUGAUGUGACUCUGCUUCAGUGAUACCAGCAAGUUCUUUUUGUGCAGCUUUUGCAUYGGUGAUAAGUGUAUAAACUUGAGUUUGUACCCUCACUGUCCAAUAACUGUCGUUUUUUUAUAUGUGCUUGGAAGCAGGUCUUUUGAAACAAACACAUCAAUUAAAACACUUUAAAAAACAUACUUCUGUAAUUACGUCCUAAAAUUUAUGAGCUUUUUUCUUCUUAAGUACUUGGGRUUUUAGCACACACUUGGAGUUUACAAUUGUUUUCAGGGCCAGCCAUGAAAAGGCAACACUGACUGAUGCUUUUAUUGCUGUAAAUACCUUGUGUUCAGUGUUUGUUCUAGGAAAAGGUUGGCUUUAAAUUUUGGAUGGAUGGAGUCCAAGUUCAGCUGUUGUAAAGAUGAAAAACUGCUGAAAUUUGUGCUCAUUAGAAAAUAAGUAAGGAAACUUAUCCCAGCUGGAUGCCACUGAUUACCUGACAGCACAACAAUCAAACUACAGGAAGUACUGCCCUGUAAAGCCAAAAUCCAGACAGGAGGUUGUGGUUUGGAGAAAGGAGACCAAAUAAAAUUUUUAAAGAGCAGAAAGUUAGUAACUUUUGUAGAAAAUUAAAUGUUACAAAAAAUCAUUUCACUGCCUAUGUGAAAAACCCCACAACACAUAUUUUGGGUGUUAAAAGAAACAGAUUAAGUGAGGUCCUUGCUGUACUKCUGACAAUGUGUAUCUCACUACACUUGUUUCACACUGCAAAACACGAGCGUUAACUGCAUUUGAUUUUAAGUCCAUUAGUUAAACUAGCAGCUUGAUAUCUAAUUCUAAAGACAUGAUAAAUUAUCUCUUCAUUUAUAUCCAACAACUGGUUGUAACAGUUGUAAGAACCACAACAGUAGGUUUCAGAGACUACAAUUCUGCUGACUAAUUGCACUGGUAAUGUUGAAGUCUCCCUAACUGCACAGGGUCAYUGCCUGCCUCAACAGUGAUCUUCACAGAGGUUAGUGUCAGCAACAGGAAAAAUAUAUUUAUAAUUACUAAAAACAUGUUUCAUUAGCUACAACUGGGGUACUACAGUUGUCUCACUCAUGGGAAACCCGCAGAGCACAGAAAUUUUUAUGGUAGUAAAAAUAAAAAACCUCCCUAUUUUCUGGGUCUCCAGCAGGGGAGAACAGAGUAAUUAAACUCAAUUUUAUUAUACAGAAUUCAAGACAAUUAGAAACUUUGAACUGAUUUUUUAAAAACYUCAUCCAACUGUCAUUACAAAAUGGUGUGUGAUCAAACUCAGACUCUUUUCCCUUUGGACCUGARCCAUCCAAGUGUAACUUUGUGGGGAACCAUUAGCUAUGAUUGAUAGAAAACWCUUAAUCAGUGAAAAUAAAUAGAAGUCCUGCAGAGAUCCCAACUUUUAACUGAURUUACUGAGCUCUGUUCCUCACCCUCAGUCUACAGCCAAGAGAGAUGAUUCAGCUGUUAAGAGUUCUGCAUGUGGGCGCUUAGUUAAAAUACAUACAAUUGCGUAUUUCCCCCAAUUAAUCAUUAGUUACGGACUGUUGGUUAUUAGCCUGUUUUGUUAAAGAAUAUACUUACGUUCUCAUUCUAGUAAAUAAYUGGGGUUUGCUUUUCCUAAAGUAGCUCUGUUACAGAGCAUGAUAAAUCAGUGGUGUGACCAGUAAUUUUAAGAACCAUUCUAUAUGCAGGUUAACAAGUGAAAUUAGCCCAUAAAAGCAAAUCUUUAUCAGUUUGGGAUUGUCAUAACUUUAUUCUAAUUCUUUUUUUUCCUCACAAGAAGCUCCCCAGGAUUUUGUACAAAAAGUGCCUAAGACCAUUUAUGCCUUUAAGUAUAGAGCUGGACRUUGGAGGUAGCAAUAGGAACAUUAGGACUAUAUAUGUCUUUCAGAGKGAGGAGACAAGUGGCACUGCCAUCCUGCUGGGAUGAGGGGACAGCCUUGGCAUGUGCAAGGCACACAGGGAGGUGACCAGGCAGUGCAGAGARUACAGGGCAAGGUGUAAGGAAGGCCCCUACCUCACACUGAGUUUGGAUUUAAGCUAAUAAAGAACUGCACAUCUACUCUCAGGUUCCUUGUGGAAUUUCUUUGAAAUAAUCUGAAGGGUUAAAAGAACCCAAAAAGCAAAACAACAUUAAAAAAAAAUCAAAACGACACUCCAAACCCCCAGGACUGAAUUUUAAAUCUUACAAAUGCUGACAUGUCACAGGUCUGURGACUUCAUAUACCUGUUU